GGACUGUGGUGUGAAAGUUACGAUCAUACCUCUGGAAAACGUUUUAGUAUGCUGGAUGUUGCAGUGUCAACGUGAUGCUUAUUCAUCAGAAACCUUAAAUGUGCGUGUUAAUAAGGCACUAUAAUGGGGAACCUGGUUACUGUGAUCUCCUACAGAGCCUCAGGUGGAACCUGGGAUGUUUAUCUGCACCCGUUUCUACAGUGUGACCCACUUGGAGCCUUAUUCAAUCUGGGACAGGCCAGCCUGUCCGUCUGGGGAUGGGGGGGCCUUGGGAUCCUGCUUUUCCUCAUCACAUUUGGACCCUUUGCCAUAUUUUAUUUGGCGUUUUACAUCUUCUGUUUUUUCGGCGGGGGCUUCGCCGUCACGCUUUUAUUUGGAAAGACAAAUUCAGAAAAACACCUUGAGAAAUGUGAACACUCCUACCUGCCCCCCACCCCGACAGGCAUAGCGAAGACUUUAGAGGAGCUGAAGAAGGAGAUGAGGCCCAUAAAAAUCGACCGGCGUCUGACGGGAUCCAACUUCAUCGACGAGCCUCUGCAACAGGUGAUUCAGUUUGCUCUGAGAGACUACAUCCAGUACUGGUAUUACACGCUGAGCGAGGACGAGUCCUUCCUGCUGGAGAUCAGACAGACUGUGCAGAAUGCUCUCGUGCAGUUCUCCACACGGUCCAAAGAGGUGGACUGGCAGCCUUAUUUCACCACUAGGCUGGUGGACGACUUCGCCACUCAUCUCCGUGUUUUUCGAAAGGCCCAGGAGAGGCUGAACGAGAGAGAGGACCCUAAACAACGUGAUGCACCAGAGGAGCUACUGGAUGCGUUUUUUGAGACCGAGGUGGAGCUGGAGAGAAAGAUCUGCAGAGAUGUAGUGUGCACUUCCCAUAAAGAUGAAGAAGGCUUCCUGCGGGAUCUGUGCGAGGUGCUGCUGUAUCUCUUUCUACCUCCUGGAGACUUCCACAACAAGAACAUGAGAUACUUCCUCAGGGAAAUUUUGGCGAGAGGAGUCCUGCUGCCGCUGAUUAACCAACUAAGCGAUCCUGAUUAUAUCAAUCAGUUCAUCAUCUGGAUGAUCCGAGACUCCAGCUGCAACUACGAAGCCUUCAUGAACAUCCUGAAGCUGACGGACAAGCCGGCCGAACUGGAGGCUGUCAAAGACAAAGUACUGGAGGAGCUCCAGUACCUGCGCUCGCUAGAUACUGCAGGAGAUGAUAUCAAUACUAUCAAGAAUCAAAUUAACAGUUUGAUGUUUGUGAAAAAAGUCUGUGAAACAAGAAUACAAAGGCUACAAUCAGGAAAGGAAGUCGACGCUUUGAAACUCGCGGCAAAUUUCGGCAAGUUGUGUAUAAUCCCGCUGGACCAGAUCCUCGUACACAACAUAGCGCUUCAGUUUUUUAUGGACUACAUGCAGCAGAUGGGAGGUCAGGCAGAGCUGUUCUUCUGGCUGACGGUGGAGGGAUACCGAGUAACGGCACAGCAGCAGCUCGAGGUUCUACAGAGCUGGCAGAAAGACGGCAGGAAGCAGAUCGGCCAGACUAAGGGCCUGUUGAAAGCCGCCGCGCUCAGCGUCUAUGAGCAGUACCUCUCAGAGAAGGCGUCUCCCAGAGUGCAGGUGGACCCGGCCUCUGUGGACAGAUUGGCUGAGAAACUCGACAAAGAAGAUCCGACUCCAGAGAUUUUCGAUGACAUCCAGAGAAAGGUGUAUGACAUGAUGUUGAGAGACGAACGCUUCUACCCCUCGUUUAAGCAGCACCCUCUGUACGUGCGCAUGCUGGCCGAACUGGACAUGCUGAAAGAGCCGAGCUACCGGGGAUCGGAAGACGGAGACAUAGAGUCUUUUAAUGGAUCUCCAACCGGAAGCAUUACUUUGUCAUUGGAUGACCUGGCGAACGCCACGGCAGACGAGUCUUUGCAGCUACACGCUUUUAUUUCCGAUACCGGUGUGUGUAAUGACCACGGGAAGACCUAUGCACUCUACGCCAUCACCGUCUUCCAUAAGAACCCAGACGGUAGCGAGGACUGCUGGAAGACUUACCGUCGCUAUAGCGACUUCCACGACUUCCACAUGCGCAUCACUGAACAGUUCGAGAACCUCAACUCGAUAUUAAAACUUCCAGGGAAGAAAACGUUCAACAACAUGGACAGAGACUUCCUGGAGAGAAGGAAAAAGGACCUGAACGCUUAUUUGCAGCUGCUCCUGAACCCAGAGAUGGUGAAAGCCUGCCCCAUGCUGAUACCUUACAUCCAUGACUUCCUGGAGAACAAGGCAUACAGCAAAGGCAAGGGCGACUUUGCACGAAAGAUGGACACGUUUGUGAACCCUCUGCGUAGCUCCAUGAGGAACGUGUCAAAUGCUGUGAAGUCACUUCCUGACAGCCUCGCUGAAGGAAUGACCAAAGUGUCGGACAACAUGGGGCGCAUGUCCGAGAGACUGGGCCAGGACAUCAAACAGUCCAUAUUCAAGGUGCCCUUAAUUCCGAAGUCGGACAUCGAUCCUGAGCACUGCCGUGUGUCUGCUCAGCUGGAUGACAAUGUGGACGAUAACAUCCCACUGCGUGUGAUGCUGCUGCUGAUGGACGAGGUGUUUGACCUGAAGGAGAGGAACCAGUGGCUCCGCAGGAACAUCAAGAACCUUCUACAGCAACUUAUUAGAGCCACCUACGGAGACACCAUCAACAGGAAAAUUGUGGAUCACGUAGACCUCAUGACGUCUCCUGAACAAGUAGCCGACUACGUCAAGAGGUUUAGAGAUUCCUACUGGCCAAACGGUAUCCUAGCAGAGACGCCACCACGCCGAGACAAGAGCACCCGCAUGAGAACAAGAGUAGCAGCUAAGACCAUCCUCCUGGGCAUCAUGCCAGACGAGCUAAAGCACAUCAUCGGGGCAGAAACCACACGCAAGGGCAUCCUCCGGGUCUUCGAAAUGUUCCAGCACCAGCAGCUGAACCGCCGUCUGGUCUACGUCUUCCUGGAGGGGUUUCUAGAAACCAUGUUCCCUCAGUACAAGUUUCCCGAGCUGUUUAUCAAGCUGCACUCACGCUCGCCGCGCAUCCACACUUAUUCGCAGAAAGUCCGCACUUUACAGAAGAGGUGACGCAGCGGCUCAGGCAGUAGGAAGCACCACUCACAGAAGAGGGAGUGACCGGGCCCACGGCGAGGCUGGAGAAAGACACAGGGCUGGGGGUGUGUGGGUGUGCACGCGUGUAUGAGGGGAUGUGUGUGUGUGUGUGUGUGUGUUGUGGAUCACACACCUCAGCCCUCUCAGUCCUUCCUGUUCUUAAGAGAAGCACUGUAUCCACACAGCUGUAGCAUAGAGGAUUCAUUUUAGCAUUGUGGAGCGUCACCACUAAGAUGCUGCAGUGCCUGACCUGUAACGUCAGCAUUUCAGUAUUUGUAUCUUAUUUUGUCAUUAUUAUUAUUAUUAUUAUUAUUAUUAUUGGGAAGAAGUUGCAAUGUGGGAAGAUUCGCGGUGGAUAAAACCUGUGUUUGCAUUUGUAAAGGUCAUCGAGUCGACGUCAAGACUAAAUGAUUUUAAACGACGUUUUAGACACCGAAAGGAGAGAAAACUGACACACGCGUGGCUCGUACCGAGCCACUUAUCACAAGCGUAUCCGAGGUAAAGCUUGUUUUUAGGCGGGUUUUAAUUGCACCACACGUUUUAGCAAGUGAAAUCGUCAAAUCCAUGCGAGUGAUUCAAUAACCAAAUAUACGCACAGCACUGACAUACAGGCCUUUUGAUUAUUAUAGCCAUCACACGACUCGCUGCGACUUCGGGUGCGUUUCAGACAAACCAGAUUCUGGCGGAAGACACACAAACACACACACACACACACACACACACGCACACAAAUGAUUCGGCACCCUGCAGCACUCCAAGCAUACAGCACUAUGCGUUAAAGAAUGUAUCUGUCUCUGGCAAACCUGUCUGUACUCGUCCUUCAUAUUUUUCCCCCACAGAUCACAUACUGAACAUACAGGAUGUGUACAUGUCUUGAAUACUAGUAGGCUUAUAAAGACCAGUUUGUAGCAUCAAGUUUGAAGUCAGAAGUCUGUGCCAGUUAGAAAAUCAGCCUUAAUACUCUACAACCAAAAGAGAGGUGUGCUUUAGACGUAACGUUCCUUAAACACAUCCACAAGUUUUCAGAGGCGCAUUAAAGAUAUCCAGCUCUAAUCACAACUUUUAUUUACAGAAAUAUGUAAUUUCAUCUUUUGUGCAAUAUUUUUUUUUUUCUUUGCAUGUGUUCAAAUACUGGUAUGAAAAUGAUUUUCAGAUUUGAGAUAAAAUAAUCCAAAAAUAAACAAAAAAAAAAAAUCAUCACAAUACAUUCCGUCGUAAAAGACUCGGCUUUUGUAAAGACUUGUUUUAAAAGUCUGCGUUCGUUUCCUUUCGUCUCCCGGUGACCGUAGUGCUUCCUUGAUGAUGGAUUUCGUGCGUCCGUGCAUGGCAUUUUCACUCCAGGAGAUGAAGCGUUCUAUCAAACCAACGGAGAUCUGUACUGAGAGUUGUGUCUUUGACACUCGUUAAUUCGAGGUUAUAGGGUUGAGAGUUGUAUUGUAUCUCUACCGGAUCUGAAUCGUCAAAGUAAACAAGUCGUGCUUCUCCUCAAGGCUUUACAGCAUGCAGGAAGUGCCACUUGCUAAUCCGAAGUCACACGAUCUCCGUGAAUCGAUCAGCACAGUGAACCUGACUAGAGGUUCAAUCUAAAUUUUUUUUUUUUUUUUAAACUAAAUAGCACUUAAAUUAUAGAGAUGAGGGUUUCUUGAUUCAUUUCUUUCUUUCUUUUUUCCUCUCCACACCCCAACCAUCAUAUGCAGUUUUUAAACCAUUCCCGAUUUCUGGAAAAACUCGGUUUAUUAUCCGCAGCCUUCUGCGAUCGGUUAAACUGACGCUAUACAGAGACGUUUUAAUGCGUUAUCACACUCCACUUUCACCUAGAACCAAGUAAACGGUUCUGUGCAGGUGACGCAGGACAGUGCUGUUGUUUUCUUUUGUGUCGGUUAAAUUCCCGUAUAUAUGAAUCUCUAAUUAUUACCUUGUACAUAUCAGUGUACAGUAUGUGUCAACAGUGUGCCUAAAUGUACUGUCAAUUAUAUUUUCUUAUUUUUUCUUUAACAAACAAAAAAAAAAAAAGAAGUGAAGCUGAAUGUUCUGGUCAGUUGACUGAAAAAAAAAAAAGACUCUAAAAUGGUUUAGAGUGUUUGCAUCCUGCUUCUAAGAUACUCCUUUUGAGCAGCAGAUCUCAGUAUAACACUAAUAAAACUUUGACUAACUCA